GUCCAAACUAAAACCGAUUAAUGCUACUCUCCCUAUGGAUAAACUGUGUUUCCAAUGGCUGUGGCUACUAUUGCUUUGCACCAGCACUUGUUCUUCUUCUGCUCGCCAAAUUCAAGAACAUGUCUUCUCAACAGAAGAGCCCUUUCCAAACCCCAAAAGAGGGUCCGUCUUUCUCUCAUAUCUUGCUCUUCUUCGCCGCCUUCGUCGUCGUCUCCGCCGGCAGUCGAUACAGCGACGGCCGAAUCUUGUGUCAACCAGGGCCUUGCUCUCUUUUCCAAAGGGCGGGUUAAAGAUGCUCUCGCUCAGUUUGAAACAGCACUUACUUUAGAUCCUAAUCCAAUGGAGGCUCAAGCUGCACUCUAUAACAAAGCCUGCUGUCAUGCCUACAGAGGGGAAGGAAAGAAAGCUUCCGACUGUCUGCGUACUGCUUUGAGAGAAUAUAACCUCAAAUUUGGCACAAUUCUUAACGAUCCAGACUUAGCCUCCUUCAGAGCUUUGCCCGAAUUUAAGGAACUGCAAGAAGAGGCUAGGCUGGGUGGGGAAGAUAUAGGCUACGGUUUCCGACGAGAUCUCAAGCUCAUUAGUGAAGUUCAAGCACCAUUUCGGGGAGUUAGGAGAUUCUUCUAUGUGGCACUAUCUGCAGCUGCCGGAAUUUCACUUUUCUUUACUAUACCCAGGCUAUUCCAUGCAAUUCAAGGUGGUGAUGGUGCUCCUGAUAUUUGGGAAACUGCUGGAAAUGCUGCUGUCAAUAUGGGAGGUAUCAUUAUUCUUGGGGCAUUAUUUUUCUGGGACAACAGGAAAGAGGAGGAACAACUUGCACAAAUAACACGAGAUGAAACUCUAUCAAGGCUGCCUUUGCGCCUUUCAACUAAUCGGGUUGUUGAGCUCGUGCAACUACGAGACACUGUCAGGCCAGUUAUUUUGGCUGGGCAAAAAGAGACUGUUUCUUUAGCCAUUCAGAAAGCUGAGAGGUUUCGAACUGAGCUCCUCCGGCGAGGUGUUCUUUUAGUUCCUGUAAUCUGGGGUGAAGGAAGGGCACCACAAAUGGAGAAGAAGGGGUUUGGUAGUUCUCCAAAGGCAGCUGCUGCUCUUCCUUCUAUAGGGGAAGAUUUCGAGAAACGAGCUCAAUCAGUAACUGCAAAAUCAAAAUUGAGAGCUGAGAUCCGAUUCAAGGCUGAGGUGGUAUCACCAGCAGAGUGGGAAAGGUGGAUAAGGGAUCAACAGAAAUCUGAAGGAGUUACACCUGGUGAGGAUGUCUACAUAAUUCUGCGCCUAGAUGGUCGUGUUCGAAGAUCAGGAAAGGGGAUGCCGGAUUGGGAACAAAUUGUGAAGGAGCUGCCACCAGUGGAAGCAUUGCUGAGCAAGCUAGAAAGAUAACAUGACUAAUUGGAGCGAAUAUGUUUGUAAAAUUAUGGAGUUGUCCCCAUCUCUUUCCUUACAUUCUCUGUUUUACAAAUGAUUUAUUACAAGCAGCAGAGUUGUCUGUCAAGUGCCUUUGUCCUUGUACAAAAUUUUCUUUGGAAAUAUAUUGGAGUAAUGUACAUGUAUACCAUUCAAAUUUCAAAAGGUGAAGGAAAACUAAAUGUCAGGAUUUGUGCUAUUCUGCUAA